AUGGCCAGCAAAAUCGUGCGCGACAGCCCGCCCCUCGAGACUACCAUGGGCUCGUACAAGGUCAUGCUCGACGAGGUGGACAAUUUGCUGGAAGCGAGUCCUGGUAAAGGCUCGGACAACUUCUACGAGCAGCGGGACACCUUUAACGUCUAUGAUGCUCGCCUAAUCUACAUUGGUCUCAAUUCGCAUCUCCUCAUCUCGACCGGCGGCCUCGGCGCCGUCUUCAGCUACGGCUGUACCUUGCUCCUGCCGUCACGCGAUGCGUGGCCAUCGACGGCGUCGCGGUGCGCCGCUGCGCGAGCGUGCCCGGCCGCUGGAGCACCAUUCGCCUUCCCCUCUGAGAUUACCGACACGAACUCGGUCGGCCUGUCGAGCCUGUACUGGCAGGCCCAGCAGGCACAGAACGGAGACUGUUCGUACAAUCCCAAGAAAGACGACAGUAACACGUUUGGCAUUUCGCUAGCGGCGGUGCCAACCUCGCCGUGA